AAAGAAAGAUGGGAACCUUCACGUGGGGACCUGCAAUGAAGGAGUCAAUGAGAGGGUGACUGUCGUGGUGGUGGGGUGCACUGGGCAGCAUUCUCAUAAGCUGUGUCCCAAGGGAAGACUUUGAUGCUGCACCUCCAAUCAGAAGGAGUGUUUCAGGCAGAGGGGACAGAAAUGAACUUGAUGCUGUUUGUCAAGGACCAGAAAGGCUAGUGUGGCCAGACUGGUGAGUAAGAGACAGGGUGGUAGGAGAAGCCGUUGGAGAUUGGAGGUGGAGGUUGGAGGUUGGCUCACCUGGAACCUGGUAGGUGGUAGAAAGCUUGGAUUUUAUUCAGAAUACAAUGGCAGGCUGUUGGGUUUUAAGCAGAGGAGUGCCAUGUAGGGUGGAUGGAGAAUGAAUGGAGUGAAGGGUACCAAAGUCUAAGAUUGGGUCCAUAGAGCCUUCCAAUUCUGUGCCAGGCCAAGGGGGUUUUUCUGUGAUUUUCCCAAACUUCCAUUCCUGUCUCCCGCCCCACAGAAGGGAUCCUCUUGUUUCAGGGAGCUGGAGACUGGACACAAAACCCUCAUGCCUCUCUUGGUGAUGAUUUUAAUAUUCCACUCUCACCACUUCUCCCCCAAGCCCCCAGGUGAGCAGGCAGUCCCCUUGGCCCAAGAGUGAAGGAAGGGAGGCAGUCAUUUCAUCAGCACAUGGUUACUGAGGCCCUAAGGGGCGGCAGGGGACCCUCCCCUGGCUGGGCAUUAAUGGAGAGAGAGAGGAGUGAGCCUGGGCUCUCUAGCCCUUGAGCUCACCAUCUUCUGAGGGAGAGAGAGAGACCUAAGCAGGUGUUGCUACUGUGCCCUGCGGGUGCCCUGGACAGAGACGCUUGCCAAGGGGAAUGAAUGAAGCAGAUGGGGACGUGAGUUUUCACAGAGAGCCGAUGAUUAAACUCUGCCCUGGCUUCUCCCCUGGAAGGACAAAGGGCACCCUGACCCAGAAACAGCUUGUGCAGAGGAGGCGAACGUACCAACUGCACAGAGCUCCUGUGUCAUGCCGUGGCAGAUUUUAAGCCGAGAGGUGACAAAAUCCAAUGUGUGUUUUAGAGGGAUUGUCGUGGCGGAUGAUCUCUGCACACACGAGACCUUGAAGAGGCGGGUCGGGGACCGGUGGACAUGACCUUCCAGCCAUCUGCACUCGUAUUGGUCACGGAAUGAUUUGGUCAAACACAUGCGUGCGCACACUGGGACAUCCUUGGGCCUGGAGAAGACGACAGUGUGUGAUUCACGCAGUGGCCCACUCUCCACAGACCAAGAUAGGCUCCUGGGCUUUUUGGGUGGAAUACCUCCCAAGCCAUUGUUUUCCUCCGUCGCUGGCUGGCUUCCUUGCUCAGAUUUGCAUUGAGUUUAUCAUACGCCUCAGUUCAUGGCACGUUGUGUUUAUUUGUGUGCUCCGGCUCAUCCUCACUCCUCCCUUCCCCCCUGCGGUAGAAAACCACUCCCAGGUGUUCGGUGGAAGUAUCGGGUUAUCUUUUCGCUGCAUGUGUCCGCCAUUGUAUGCACCUAUUUCUAGUGGAAUGAAACGGCAUUCUGUCUAGACUUCAUUCUGUUUCCUGUUCCCCCUUCAGGGCCAGGCUUAGACGGGUCAUUGGUGUCGGGUCAUUGGCGUCGCUCUGGGUGUGUGUAAAUGCUGCCAAGGUUUCCAUAGGUGCGCUCUCCAGACCUGACUUACAUGACGAAUGGCUUCUACCGGCGAGGAGGCCCCUUGUUGUCUCCAGCUCACUGACCCUACAGAAAGUGUUGCUGUUAGCCCAGUUGUUGCAGAUCAGACUUUUGCGAUCCACUGCAUUUCUGUUGGUGGGUUCUCAGAAGGAGAUCACCAGGCCUUUCUCCCUAGCCUGUUGCAGUCUGGAAGCUCUGCUGGAGCCUGCUGAGCAUCACGGCAAAACACAAGCCUCCCCUGAGACGAGGGGUAGCUGCCAAUGAGAGUCCUUGGCCAGGAGUCAAACCCUGGUCUCCCCCAUGGGAGGGGAGGAUUUUAGCAGGGACCCAGGGAAGCCGGGACUUAGGCAGGGGCCUCAGUGGCCGAGCACUUUUCUUCUAGUGGCAUCGUGACGUGGCAAGAACAAGAGUGCUGCUGUGGGGAGGCAGGCCCUCGGAGAGUGAUGGAAACUGCCAGAAGCCCAGGCCACCAUGGAGCAGUGCGCGUGCGUGGAGAGAGAGCUGGACAAGGUGCUGCAGAAGUUCCUCACCUACGGGCAGCACUGCGAGCAGAGCCUGGAGGAGCUGCUGCACUACGUGGGCCAGCUGAGGGCUGAGCUGGCCAGCGCAGCCCUCCAGGGGACUCCUCUCUCGGCCACUCUCUCCUUGGUGAUGUCCCAGUGCUGCCGGAAGAUCAAAGACACCGUCCAGAAACUGGCUUCGGACCACAAGGACAUUCACAGCAGCGUGUCCCGUGUGGGCAAAGCCAUAGACAGGAACUUCGACUCCGAGAUCUGCGGCGUGGUUUCCGACGCGGUGUGGGACUCUCGGGAGAAGCAGCAGCAGAUCCUGCAGAUGGCCAUCGUGGAGCACCUGUACCAGCAGGGCAUGCUCAGCGUCGCCGAGGAGCUGUGCCAGGAGUCAACGCUGAGUGUGGACUUGGACUUCAAACAGCCUUUCCUGGAGUUGAAUCGCAUCCUGGAAGCUCUGCACGAACAGGACCUGGGCCCUGCCUUGGAAUGGGCCGUCUCCCACAGGCAGCGCCUACUGGAACUCAACAGCUCACUGGAGUUCAAGCUGCACCGGCUGCACUUCAUCCGCCUCCUGGCAGGCGGCCCUGAGAAGCAGCUGGAGGCCCUCAGCUACGCCCGGCACUUCCAGCCCUUUGCUCGGCUGCACCAGCGUGAGAUCCAGGUGAUGAUGGGCAGCCUGGUGUACCUGCGGCUGGGCUUGGAAAAGUCACCCUACUGCCACCUGCUGGACAGCAGUCACUGGGCUGAGAUCUGCGAGACCUUCACCCGGGAUGCCUGUUCCCUGCUGGGGCUUUCUGUGGAGUCCCCCCUCAGCGUCAGCUUUGCCUCUGGCUGUGUGGCCCUGCCCGUGCUGAUGAACAUCAAAGCCGUGAUUGAGCAGCGCCAGUGCACUGGGGUCUGGAGUCACAAGGAUGAGUUGCCGAUCGAGAUUGAACUCGGCAUGAAGUGCUGGUAUCACUCGGUGUUCGCUUGCCCUAUCCUCCGCCAGCAGACUUCAGACUCCAACCCUCCCAUUAAGCUCAUCUGUGGCCACGUGAUCUCCCGAGAUGCACUCAACAAGCUCAUUAAUGGAGGGAAGCUCAAGUGUCCCUACUGUCCGAUGGAGCAGAACCCAGCAGAUGGGAAACGCAUCAUCUUCUGAUUCCUGCCUGCAAGGAACUUGGUUGAAGGGCCUUCAAUGUCUGAGCCUUGUCAGGUGGUUGGCCCACAGGCUUCUGAUCAUUGCAGAGCAGCCAGCUAAUGGGGAUCCCUCCAGGACCCGAGGAAGGGAACCACCAGUAUUGGGCAGCUGGCUCCUCUGCUGGCAGGGAUGGACAGCACCAGCCUGUUCUCAAGUCCCUUAUAGCUGCUGUUGGCUUAGCAGCAACUGAGUAGCUAAGGACUUGGCCUUCAACAGACAUCUGCCCAUCCCUGCCUUCAGCCAGGGCUCUUACUGCCGCACCAUGUACAAUGGCCGGCAGCCCACAGGUCCCAACUGUGGCCAUCUCCCUCCCACUGUACAACAAACUGUAUGUAUCUACUUCCCACUGUAAAUAGUCCGAGUGAGAGCCGAGUGUCAGUGUUUUCUACCUUCCAGUAAAUGUUCCCAGCCCUUCUCCUUACCGCUCUCCCCACCUGCCCUCAGCUUCAUGUGACAAGUGAGACAUGGUCGGUCCACAAGCUCCCGGUCCAGCCAAGGCUGUGGUGGGAGCACGGUUGGCCUGUGCCCCGCAGAACGAACCUCGCCAGGAGCCGCUAGCCUUAAAGCAAGAUGUUUUUAUGUGCACAGAUUUCCUUACCCCGCAACGCCAGUCAGUGUGAGGACUUGGGAAGAUGCUGUGACUUGCACAGCAGGGUUUGCAGCCUGCAGAGAACUUAAAGCAGUCUUCCCAGUGUACUCCAAGGUGUUUGAACCUCGGUCACUGUGUGUACUAAGUCCAACAUAGGGACUUGGACAUUAAAAGGACACCUUAAGUUUAAAAUGCCUGAGGGAUCAGAUUACCAGGGGCCAUUAUAUUGAGUGGAGAGAAAGCUUGGGGUUUUGUAUUGAACUUCAUAGCCUAUUUAAAAUGUACUGCGUGGGCAGGUAAAUUGCUUCCUUUCAUUUUACAGUGGCAUUUAAGGCUCCUGGGGGAAGAGGAGGAAUGAGGGUGCCCUGCCCCAUGGGGACUGUAGCUUUCUGUGAAGUGGGCUCUGUGCUUCCUCGCCUUGCAGCUGUCAGCUCCCUACAUGGAAGGUGGGAGUUACAAGCUCUGGGUGGGCAGCUCAGAGUCCUUUCUCAGCCCGAGCCCAAGCACCCAGCUCUGGAUGGCUGAGAAUGAAGCCCUCUUGGUGUCCUGUGGAAUUCCUCUUCAGAAUGGCUGCUUCUACUCUUUCCUGCCCACCGACUCCAUGGCCCCACCAGCAGCUGCUGCUUAAAAAAAACACAGCACCACCACCCACAGACUCACAUGUCAUUUCAGUCUGAGCAUUUACUUCCCCCACACCAGAGUCUUGGAACUGUCUUCCUGUGAGCACACCAGGAGACAGUGCUGAUUGAGAAGCCGCUGGCUCCAUCCUCAUGAAAUAGCAGCCUGGGAAGAGUGCAUGCCUCAGGCAACCGAAGAGAUGCUGAGCGUGUGGGUAGCCAGUUGGCUCCCUGCUUCCAGAACAGGCGCCAAGUAGCUGCCAGCGUCCUUCACAGCGGCUGGGGCAGGGCCUGGACUUCUUCAAGGCACUCAUCAUAGGCCUGCUGAUAGUCCUCGUGGGGCUUGACCAUUAUGACACAGGUCGGGCGCUUGGAGCCGGCUGCUGCUCCCAGGUCCUACGGAGAAAGGGGGGGGGGGUGUUUAGGGCAAUAAGGCUCCACAACUGAUACACCAAGAGUCACAACGUGCUGAAGGAUGCUGCUGGAGUGGGGCCCAACCUGGUCAUCUGUUAAAAUGUUACGUGCAAAACAUUUCUAAAUGUUUGCCGUCAUUUAACCUUAGCUCACUUUCAAGCCACAACCUACCAACAUGACCUAUAGCCCCACAUGGCUGGUGAUGGGGCUAGAGUUUGGCCACACAGCCCCCUUAUGCAGGGCCUCUGCUCUCUGGUUACCUGCUACCCCCUGUAGCUACCCUAAACACCCAUCUAACCUUAGCCUACCAGGCAUUUCCAUUAUGAAAAAGCACAUUCACACACCUCCCAUUUCCAUUCUCAGCGCACAGAGAAGUGCUCCCACUGACAGGAAAAGAAGCAGAUGUGCAGCGGUAACUGCACCCCCAAGGAGGAAGUGGUAGCACUGUGAAUGGACCCAGCCCUGUCUGUCUGCCCUGCAGCCUGUCCUCAGUGCUGACCGAGGUCAGCGGGCUCUCGGGCUCCUUACCGUUUUAGAGGGGAUGUAGACAUAGGGCAAGUUCCGGUCCUCACACAUAACAGGGAGGUGGCAGUACACCUCAACGGGCAGUGUGUCUCCUGCCAAAACCAUGAUCCUGAAAUGAAAUAAAUCCUUCACUUCGUG